GGUGGGUCAAAACGUGACUUCGCUCAAACAGUGAAAUAGUUACAGUGAUUUAAAAUUUCGUCUGACGUCACAUACCAGUACUCUUUUCCUAGCGAGUGCUAUUUUUAGCCCCCACUACUAGAGUUAAGUGCUUUUUCUCUUUCUUUCUUUUUAAUAAUGUGAUAAAAUGAAAAAUACAUACCCUGAAAUACCCUAUCAUUGUUCUGAACAUAAAAUCGAUGCCAAACUCACAUUAGUAGUUUUACACAGAAGAGGCUGGCAAUAUUAACCCAGAAAUACAGUGUGCAAAGGGCUCAAAGGGCACGAUAUCGAGCAAUAUUGAUUUCAACGAACCGUCACUACCAAGAAAAAAGUACUGUCAAGUCAAUAAAAAAAUAUUAUUGACUGAGUCGAGUUGUAUUGUAAGUUUUAGCACAAUUUCGGCAAAUAAAAAUAUCUGAAGUAAAAUGACAACGAUAAACUGCCAGUCUGAACCACAAUCAAAUGAAACUAUCGACUUUUCAAAAUGCAGAAUUUGUUUCAGUAAAACUAUGAUUAAAUAUGGUAUCCAUCGUACGGUUUUGGCAAGAGCCUACAAGAAUCUAAUUGGAGUCGAUGUAGCCGAAGAAGACUCACCAUGCCACUAUCUAUGCCUGACCUGUGCCAACCAGCUGGUCAAGUUCAACAGAUUCAAGUACCAGUGCGAGCGAGCCCGGAAGUACCUCGAAGAGAGGUCUAAUAUCAACAGUGAUCCUCCGUAUUCCAACUACCUACAUUUAAGCAUAUCAAAAACCUAUAUAACAAGCUCUUUCGACGCGAUCCCGACAACGAAUGAUUUAAAAAUUGAAAUUCAAGAGGAAUUUGACAGCAACGAAAGUCCUAGCCUACCCUCAAUUGAAAACCUUGUAUACACAGAUGAAAUAAAAAUAGAAAAAGUUAAAAAACCCAAUUUUGAAAGUAAAGAUAGUUUGAUGGAGUUUGGAAGGCAGUUUGACGUUCUAGUAACUGUUUUAAGUAAGGACGAGCAAUUUCAUGAUGUUUUGAAUAGGAAAUUGAGUGGGAAUUAUUUAAAUAGUCCUUAUAAAUGUGAAAUGUGUUAUAAGGGGUUUAUGAGCGCCGAACUGCUGAAGAAACAUCUUUUAAGUCAACAUGAUGAAAGUCGUGGCAACGUAGUUUGCGAGUUCUGCAGAUUCCGUUACAAGGACCGUCGCGGUCUCAACCAGCACCUCAAGAGCCAUCGUCUAAAGUUCUCCUGCAAGCAAUGUUCCUAUGUAUCUAGAACUACUUUCAAUGCUAAGGAACACUUUAAGAUGCACGGAGGACAGCUUCACGAGUGCAGGCACUGCGGCAAGUCUUACGAGAAGCUCUCAUCACACCUGACGCACCUCCGCAUCCAGCAUCCGUCGGAGUUCAUCUGGUGUGACGUGUGCGGCGAGGCCUUCAUCGGGGACUUCGGAUUGAAUGCGCAUAAGAAACGUGCGCACAAACAUCUAUCACUACCCUCAAAAUGCUCAUCCUGUGACAAGCAUUUCUUGGACACGUCUGCACUAAAUCGUCAUUUAUCAACAAACACCUGUAGCGAGCAGGCGUGUGUUCACUGCGGAGAGGGAUUUAGCAAGCCUUACAUUUGAGAGACCAUUUACUGCAUAAACAUAGGAUUUGUAAGACGUAUACUUGUGAAAAGUGCGACAAAACAUUUUCCCGCCAAUCUCUAUACAGCGCUCACUAUAGACGUAUUCAUGUGACGUCAGAGGAGAGAGCGAGACGGCACGAUAGGCCGUGGGUGUGCGAAGUAUGCGGCAAAACGUUACCG